UGGGUCCGUUGCCUUCGUUCGCUUGUUUUUAAAAGCGCGAGGAACCGUUGGCGGUUGGCGAAGCGAAUACCUCAGAAAAAGAGGAGCCGGAAAUCCCCAUGAAUCUCCCUUGUUCUCUUAUAAUGGCAGUGGCGCCCACCUGAGAGGUGCGCCGGAGUUGAGUUCGGGCGACUUCUGGCUGAAAAAGCCCUGCCUGUGACCCAAAGAUGAUGCUAGUUCCUUUGAUACUGUGUGUAAUCCUGCUGAUAGGAGGGAGCGAAACUCAAAAUGAUGACUGGAUUGAUCCAACAGACAUGCUGAAUUAUGAUGCAGCUUCAGGAACCAUGAGAAAGCCUGAUAAGUUACUGCAGGUGAACCAGGAUGAUUCUGAAGAUAACGUUCCCCAAAAAUCAGUGGUAAAAGAAAAUAUUGUGGAUGUUUCCAUGUGCCAAAAGCAACUAGAUUCUUUAAUUCUUAAGGUUUGUUUGCAUCUUGAAGAAUAUGAAAAGAAAGAUAAAGCCAAGUUAUAUGAAAACAAUAGCAUCCAUGUUUUUAAGAGAUAUUUGAAUAAGAUUUUAAUUGAAGUUGGAAGACUUGGUCUUCCUGAUGAUAACACUGGAGAUGUGCAUUAUGAUGCUGAGAUCAUCCUUACGAGACAGACAUUUAAUGAAAUCAACAGGUUCCUUAAUGAAGAGGGCUGGAAAUCAGCUGCUUUGGAUGAUGCACUCAGUGAUAUUCUGAUUAACUUUAGGCAUCAUGAUGCUGAAGUUUGGAAAUGGAAGUUUGAGGACACAUUUGGGGCUGAUGCAUAUAAUGUCUUUAUGGUACUUCUGUGUUUAGUGUGCAUUUCAGUAAUAGUUGCUACAGAACUAUGGACACGCAUUGGUUGGUUUACACAGCUGAAACGUGUUUUAUUCAUAAGUUUUCUCAUCAGUUUUGGGUGGAACUGGAUGUACCUAUAUAAGGUAGCCUUUGCUCAGCAUCAAGCUGAAGUGGCAAAAAUGGGAAAAUUUGAUACUGUAUGUGCUGAGAAGAUCCAAUGGAGUGAUGGUCUAAUAGAAUGGUUUAGAAGCUCGAUGACGUUCCAAGAUGAUCCUUGUCAAAAGUAUUAUGAAACCGUAUUAGUAAAUCCUAUUUGGCUUGUUCCUCCAACAAAGGCAUUGGCUGUUACAUUUACCAAUUUUGUAACGGAGCCAUUGAAGCACAUAGGUCAAGGAAUUGGUGAAUUUAUUAAAGCACUCAUGAAAGAGAUUCCAUUGCUGCUACAUAUUCCAGUGCUGGUGAUCAUAGCAAUAGCAGUUUUGGGUUUCUGUUUUGGGGCUGGAAGCUCAGUGAAUGCGCUAAGGAUGUUAAGCUACUCGGACAAGCGGCCACCUCCAGCACUUCCUCCAACAGAUAAACAGCCGCCUGCACUUCCCCCAAGGGACAGACAGUUACCUCCUGCACUUCCUCCAAGGGAUAAACAGCCACCUCCUGCAGUUCCUCCAAGGAUCAGAGCAUUACAAGAACAAAUGCUGCAUCUGCAACCAAAUGAUGCAAGUGAAAACGGUGUCAACAUUAUAGAAAAUACGGAGAAUACGAACAGUAUUUACUCCAUCAAGAGCGGACCUUAUGACAGAGGAGAUGCUUCAGUAAAGUCUUCAGAAGAAGUAAAUUCACACAACAGAAACAGAAAAAAAGAACAGUGAAGACCAUCCUAGUGAAUUAGAUACCAAACCAGGUGAUCAAGCUACUGAUAGAAUAGAGAACAGCACAGAUCAAAGCCUGGUUGAACUGGACAGACCUAGCCACAUACAAGAAUUUACAAGAGGCAAUGAAGAUGAAACAA